AUGGCGGCUCCAGCCAAAGCCAGUACGAGUCGGGCGUCGCCCGGGGCCACCACAUCGCUGCUGUACAUCAACGCCUUCGACCAGUCAAUCUUCAUCGGGCUCUUCUUCUGGGUCUCCGGGCGCGUGUCAGCGCAGUCGUUCCGCUGGCUCGACGUGACGUGGACCAUGUGCUGGGCCUUUGUCAGGGGCAAGCUGCUCAGUCUGGGGCUGCCUUGGGCCAUCUACACCUUGGUGGUGCUCACUGUCGUGCCGAUGGCGGCGCAUCCGAUCUGGAAGCUGGUGUCAGUCAGUCGGCAGCUCGCGGAAGUACUACACGGCCGUGAACGCCGUCAAAGGGGCCAGCGUGGUCCACUUGCCAACUUGCUGCUGCUUGACGUCGCUGCUGCGCUGACGGUGACGAAUGAGGCUCGCGAGAGCAUAUCUACCGGGAAUCCCACGACGGAUGGGUCCGCCCCUAGAGCUUUGCCUUUUUGGUAUGGCAUGGCUCGUCGAUGGGGCUGGGUCGGCGUCGCCGGCGUGUCGUUCCUUGUUCGCCUGCGCUACCCAGUGGGCGAGACGAUCAAGCCCGUCGCGCUGCAGCCCAGCUAUGCGGCGCAAUACAUCUUUGCAUACGCCAUGGGAUUCGUAUCGCUGGGGCUGGGACCGAUCUUUACUGUACCCUUUGUUGCGGUGAAGCCUGAGCGCGAUGAUACCAGGCCAUCAACGACUGGGGGAAGACUCAUCUCGUCAUCGCUCAUCUCCCCCACUACUAUUCUGCUGGUGUGGCUGCUGCCGCGACUAUGGACCGGUGGCAGCAGCUCUGCAGUGCAAAUGUGCAGGAUGGCGAGCGGGCCGGCCCCCUGGGUGGUUGGAAUCUCUAUGCACUUCUGCACGCGAUAUGGAACGAUGCCUCCGUCGGGCUCGUCGGCCCGGCCUCAUGGCCUACUUUGA